AUGUUUUACAAGCCCGAGAUUGCUUAUGAUGCUGUAAGCAAAGUGUGGAGCAGCAGAGCUGAGUUCGAUCACUUUGCGCCCGAUUUGUCCAUAGGCGAGAUAAUCUAUCGCGAAAUGCAGCGUCAUCCCCAGCAAAUUGCGCAGAUUUCAGUUACAGAGCGCACAGAGCUGCGGCGCGAUGAGCUGCACUUGAAUAGCAAAGCUGUGGCAAGUUACAUGCGGCAGCUGGGACUGUUGCAAACAGAUAUUGUGGGCAUUGUCGCCAGGAAUACGACGCAUUUGUCAGCUGUGGCCUAUGGCUGCUUCUAUAUGGGCAUAGCUUUUCAUUCGCUGAACAUAAACUAUGAGCAGGCGACGAUUAGUCAGCUAUUUAACAUAACCAAACCGCGUCUGCUGUUCUGCGAUGGCGACGAGUAUGAAAUGCUGAAAGCAGCCACAAAGCAACUGGAUUGUUACAUUGUUACCAUGCGGCGACAUGUGGCUGGAGUCAUGAGCAUAGAGCAAGUGCUGCAAACGCCAGUGCCGCUGGAUUUCAAACCCGCAAAGCUGCAGCAGGGCAACAAUCAAACGUUGGCUAUACUUUGCACCAUCGGCACGCCCAAGGCGGUGACCAUCACCAACAGCAGAAAGAUACUGAACGGCAAUCUCAUGUUGACCACCUCGGAUGUGCAGUACUCCCACAGGACUUUGGACUGCCUAACUAGCCUCAUCACGACCAUAACCACAGCUGUCUUCAGCACCAAGCGCAUCAUCGCCGACAAUGCGUUCGAUGCGGAACAGACUCUGCGGCUAAUCGAGACAUAUAAAGUCAGUUGGCUGCUGUUGGCGCCAGCACAUUUCGGCAGUCUCGUCAGCAGUCCGUUGUUCGAGAGGACGAGCCUUGACAGUGUGCAGCACUGCAUGUUUACGGGUGGACGCUGCUCCUUGAGGGUGCAGCAGGCGCUGCGGCAGCGACUGAGCAGCGAUGGCAUGCACUUUGCCUAUGGCAUGACUGAGGUUGGCAGCUGGGCGACAUUGAAUUGGAACUUUGAUGAGAAGCCCACUUCCGUGGGGCGACCAACUGCAGGCUUUCAGCUCAAAAUUAUUGAUGAGCGUAAUGCGGCGCGGGGCCCCAAUGAACUGGGUGAGAUCUGCUUGCAUAAUGGCCAAUACUGGGCUGGCUACUUUGGCGAUCCUCAAGAGUCGCAGCAGCUGCGUGAUGCUGCAUUUUGGUUUCACACUGGCGAUCUGGGCUAUGUGGAUGCGGAUGGCUUUCUCUAUGUGCUGGAUCGCAACAAAGAAAUAGUCAAACAUCAAAAUAUUAUGUAUUAUCACAAUGAGCUGGAGGAGCUUAUAGCGCGCAUGCCGCAGGUUGCAGACGUCUGUGUUUUUGGCAUUUGGAGUGAGCGCAAUGGCGAUGAGCCGGCUGCUGUUGUAGUUAAGCGAGCUGGCGCGGAGCUGCAAGCCGCAGAGGUCGUUGCCUAUGUGCAACAGCAUGUGGCAGCUCAUUACAAGCAACUAAUUGGUGGCGCGCUUAUUGUCGAUGAUUUGCAGCGCAGUCCGAAUGGCAAAAUAAAUCGAGCUGCCAACAAGUCGCACUUUCUGCAAGUCAAAGGUCAAAUAGAAAAGUCAAAUUAG